GCCUAAAAUUUUAGGGUUUUUUCGCAAACGAUCAUGUAUAGAACCGCAGCCUCACGUCUUAGAGCUCUCAACAAGGGCCGUGGAGGCAAUAGGGCAGCAGCCAGGUUUGCAACUUCAAGUGCUGCAGUCAAGAAGGCAUCCUCUUCUGGUGGUCUCUUCAGCUGGCUCACAGGGGAACGCUCUAGUUCUCUUCCUCCCCUUGACUUCCCUCUACCAGGUGUCACCCUCCCACCUCCACUGCCUGAUUAUGUUGAACCGGGCAAGACUAAGAUAACUACCCUCACCAAUGGUGUCAGGAUUGCCUCAGAAACUUCAGCGAACCCAGCUGCCUCAAUUGGCUUAUAUGUUGACUGUGGUUCCAUUUAUGAGACACCCAUCUCAUUGGGGGCCACACAUCUGCUGGAACGAAUGGCCUUCAAGAGCACCAUGAACAGGAGUCACUUGCGCAUUGUCAGGGAAGUUGAAGCAAUUGGAGGCAAUGUGAUGGCCUUGGCCUCACGGGAACAGAUGGGAUACACUUAUGAUGCUUUGAAGACAUAUGUUCCUGAAAUGGUAGAACUGCUUAUUGAUAGUGUGAGGAACCCAGUGUUUUUGGACUGGGAGAUUAAUGAACAGCUCCAGAAGGUGAAAGCAGAGAUAUCAGAAAUUUCGAACAACCCCCAGGGCUUACUAUUGGAGGCAAUUCAUUCUGCUGGCUACUCUGGUGCACUGGCUAAUCCUCUUUUGGCCCCUGAAUCUGCUGUGAACAGAUUGAAUAGUACAAUUUUGGAGGAAUUUGUUGCUGAGAAUUAUACCGCACCCCGAAUGGUACUUGUAGCUUCUGGAGUCGAACAUGAGGAACUAUUAUCCUUCGCAGAGCCACUGCUGUCUGACCUUCCCAAAGUCCCUCGUCCUGAAGAGCCCAAAUCUGUCUAUGUUGGAGGUGAUUACCGUCGUCAAGCUGAUUCUGAGAAGACACAUGUUGCCCUUGCUUUUGAAGUUCCUGGUGGCUGGCAUAAGGAGAAAGAAGCCAUGACAUUGACUGUGCUUCAGAUGCUUAUGGGAGGAGGUGGCUCUUUCUCUGCUGGGGGACCUGGGAAAGGGAUGUACUCGCGGCUAUAUCUCCGUGUCUUGAAUGAGUAUCAACAAGUUGAGUCGUUUUCUGCAUUUAACAGCAUCUACAAUGAUACUGGCAUCUUUGGAAUUCAUGCUACGACGGGCUCUGAGUUCGUGUCAAAAGCUGUUGAUUUAGCAGCAAGAGAACUACUUGCAGUUGCAACACCGGGACAAGUCGACCAAACACAGCUGGAUCGUGCGAAAGCAACGACCAAGUCUGCGGUUUUGAUGAAUCUAGAAUCUAGAAGUGUUGCAUCAGAAGAUAUGGGACGGCAGAUUUUGACAUAUGGGGAGAGGAAGCCUGUGGGGCAUUUCUUGAAGGCUGUGGAAGAAGUUACUUUGAAGGAUAUUACCUCCAUUGCCCAGAAAAUUGUUUCCUCACCACUCACAAUGGCGUCAUGGGGAGAUGUUAUCAAUGUCCCUAGCUAUGAUUCCGUUAGCAGCAAGUUCCAUGCAAAAUAAGAAAUGACAGACUCAGCUAGGCUUAUAUCCUGCUUGGCAUCAUUCUUUUGCGAUUUUGGAUCGUCUUUUUACAUGUUCGAUGCACCCCUUCCCUGGGCAAAUAGCUGUUCGAAAUAAAUAGUAAAAAGAAUGCAAAAAGAAAAGGAAGAGGAAAUCUGAACAGAGUUUCUUGUUAGGAUCAAUAAAAUUGAUGAUCCUGUGCAGCAGAUGCUUUGAUGCUGAGACUUUAUGAUUUGCCUAAAGUUGGUCUGUGGUGGGGAUCAUCCUGGAUCAGAUGGGUGAGAUACCUUUUCAUGUUUUAAUUUGUGUAAUUCUUCAUUUAUUGCCAGGGAAAAGUUUUGCAUAUUUGUUUCCUGAGUUUGAUGGUUUUAUGGUGAUGUAUUUUUAAUCGUCCCAUCUAGCGAGUCUAUUUUCUCCAGAAAA